AUGGGGGUUCCCGCCGUCCUCAUUUUCACCUACGGCACCUUGAAGCAGGGGUUCUCCAACCACCUCCUCCUACAGGACAUGAUGGCCGCAGGAGACGCCUCCUUCGUCGGCGCGUGCCAAACCCUCCAUCGAUUCCCCCUCGUCUGCGGGCCCUACCGCGUCCCCUUCCUCCUCAACAUGCCCGGCCGCGGCCACCGCGUCUCCGGCGAGCUCUACGCCGUAUCCGCCGCCGCACUCGCCAGGAUGGACGAGCUGGAAGGGAUCAGCCGGGGGCACUACGAGCGGCUGCCGAUUGAGGUCGAGAUGGAAUCCGGCGGCGGCCGUUCGGUGGAGGCGUACUUCGGUCACCGGAGCUACGCGGAGGCGCUGUGGAGGAGGAGCGGCGAGGAGGGUUACAACUGCUACACGGAGAAAGUGGCGAGAGGGUACGUGAAGCGCAAGGACAGGCCCCACCACAUAACUUUCUUGGACCAGAUUCGUCUAUUUCUUAAUUCCGAUUCUGCCCUUCACCAAUCCACCUCCUCCUCCUCCUCUUCCAAUCGCUAG